AUGUGCAGCAGAUUGCGAGUUGGUUUAGGGCUGCUUGGGGCGAGCUGCGAGCUGGCGCUCUUGGUGCGGAGCCCUGCGCAGCAGGAGCUCUUGGAGCAGUUGCGCGGCGCUUGCUGCCCCUCCCGGGCCCUUGCCGCUGCUGGCAAGCGAGGGGUGGCCUUGGACAAGGAGAUUGUGCUGGCUGCUGUGCAGAAGGACCCGGAAUGCCUUGAGGACCUUGACGACGUUUGGCGUGCGGACCGGGAGGUGGUGCUGGACUCUGUGCGCGCCAGCGGCCUGGCGCUCCAAUUCGCCUCCGAAGCGCUUCGCCGGGACCACUCGGUGGUGGCCCAGGCUCUGGAGCAAGAUGGCGAUGCCUUGCAGUACGCCAGCGAUGAGCUGAGGAGCCAGAGGCCCUUGGUGCUGCAGGCAGUCCGAUCCAAGCCAAGCUCUCUGCAGCACGCCUCUGAUCAGCUGAAAGAUGACAGAGGCUUCCUGCUGGAGCUGCUGCCUCUUGACGGCACCUUGCUGAAGUUCGCGCCGAAGCACCUGCAGCAAGACAAGGAAGUCGCGCUGGCGGCGGUGCGCCGGGCGGGGGAGGCGCUGCACUUCGCCUCCGCGGAGCUGCGUGGGGACCGCGAGCUGGCGCUGGAGGCCUUGGCGCAGAAUGUGGAUGCCUGGAUCUACGUGGAAGCUCCAGCAAGGGAGGACAAAGCGGUGCUACUGGAAGCCUUGAGCGGCGAUGGCAACUUGCUCGCUGAGAUCUCCGAGCCGCUGAGAGGCUGCAAGGAACUGGUGCUAGCUGCCGUCACCAGCCGAGGUACCGCCUUGCAGUUUGCGUCAGCACGGCUUCGCGCUGACCGCGAGGUGGUGCUGGCGGCGGUAAGCAGCCACUGCGACGCAUUGCAGGAUGCCGCGCCCGAGCUGAAGGUUAGCUCCGACAAGGAGAUCAUGAUGGCUGCGGUCGCGCAAGACGGCAACAUGCUGAUGUUUGCGGCGGAGCCACUGAGGAACGAUCGGCAGCUGGUCACGGCUGCGCUCCUCUGCAGCGGCGCCAAAGUCCUUUGCCACGCGUCGGAGGAGCUGCGCUUUGGCUGCGUAGCUCCGUUGGCGCUGGAGUCCAUAACACAGCCGUUUCGGGACAGUUGGGGCCUGCCCAUUCCGAGGACAGACUUGUUUGGAUCCUAUCCAUUGGCGCGCGGUAGCCUUUACUCCGAUAACUGGCUUCUGGCCAUCUAUUUGUGGUUGGAGCAGCUUGCCCUGCAAGCAGUCGAGGAGCUGAUCCAGCUGCACCUUUGCUCUGAUCACGCUGCAGAGGGCUGGUCCAGUCCGCUGGUGGCGAAUUUGCCCAUCACCCGCUUGGGGGACUUACGCCAGGAGGACAUCGCCAGGUAUGUUCCGAUCAGGAAGGACCUGGUGUCGACUUUGAGCCACGAGUCCACUGCCACGAAGAUCUACCAAUGGAUCAUGGCCUACCAGGAGAGCAAGAGCUACCUGAGCUACACCCGCGUGAACGCGCGGAUCUUGGCCUGCGAGUUGCUGAAGGAGUGGGCCUACGCGCACCGGCAUCUGCAGGAUCGGGACGUGGAGAUGCAGGCGGUGUGCCGGUACAAGGAGUUCGCAGCCCACUUGCUGUACUUCCACGAGAAGUGGGCGGAGUCGGAGCACGGGGCCACGCGGUCCAAGUACCUGGGACAACCCCACGGCAUCCUGCGGAGCAAACACAAGGAGACCUUUGUGUCGUUGCUGGUGAAGGUGCAGGAGGCUUUAGCCAAGCUGCAAGUGCACCUCGAGAAGGCUGAGAAUUCGGAGUCACAUUGCAGCGUGUUCCUGGGCCAAGUGGUGGAGCUCUUUCAGAACCUUUUGGACCAAGCUGCGGGGAUUUGCUUCCUGGGCCCCACAGAGCACAGCCAGGACCUCACGGAAGGGCACGAGGACUUCUCCUUGGAGGUCCUGGCGAAGCAGCGGUUGGCCAUCCAGGGCCACCAGAGCGAGGUCUUCUGGAGCACGGACUGGGGCCGCGUCCUGGACGCCGCGCUGCGACAGGGAGACCCCGAGAAGUUCCAAGCACUCGGCUCUUGGCUGAUCUUCUACCAAGAGAAGGGCACUGCGUGCAAGAUGUGCAGAUACUACUCCCAGUCCGCGGCUGAGCAGCGCCUGCGUCAGAUGCCCCGGGCGGCCAUCUUGCUGGGCCCUGGCCCGGAGUACCGGCGGACCUUGAACCGGAAGGAUCUGGAGCAUCAGGUGGAGCCGCUCAUUGAGGCCAUCGACGCCCAUUUGCUGGUGAUCGGCGCCAAGGAGCCGGAGCUGAACCAGGUGCCGGAAGUUGCGGAGACUGACGGGGAUUUGUGGGACUUCUUGCAGAGCGAGACACCGGCACCGUUGGCUUCCAGAAUCUCGCACACGCUGGAGCACCUGCCGGAGGAGGAUGCAGGUCAGGGCUACGCACGUGCGCGGGCGCUCUCAAUGGGGGACUGCUCGACCAAUGGCUCCACCAGGCGGCGGGGGCAGUCCGAGAGCUCCAUCGACACGGAGGCCGUGGAAGAACUGGGCUCCCUCGGCCAAGAGGUGGAGCUGGUUCGCGCCAAGUGGACUGCGCAGAACUGGUCCCGCAGUGGAUUGGCGGCAGAUGGCGCAUCUCCGGAGGCGCUGCCGCAGGUUGUGCUGCAGAUGGCGGAAGACUUGGCGACCUUGCUGGAGAUCCGCAGGACCAUUCUGGGCCCGCUGGAGGGCGUCUGCGUGCAGCUGGGCACCCUGCGAAGCCGCCGGGUGCUGCACACAGCGCUGGCGCGGCUCACCUUGCACGUGGACCACUUCGUGGAAUGCGCCAUGCAGUUCCACCAGCUCUUCGAAGCCAAACUCUUCGACAGCCUCAGGAGCACUGAGAAGCCCGCGUUUCUGUCCGUGCAGAAGCCCCCGGUGCAGCGUAGCUACCGGCGAUGCUUCCAGAGAGCUUUGGCUUUGCGCAAGGAGAUUGUCAAGAAGGUGCAGAAGCUGGCGGAGGCCAUGCCGCUGCAGUCCACGGAGGAUGAGCAGUGCAGCUUCGAGCAGCUCAAGACCUCCAUGACUGCCUUGGCGCAGGCGCUCUGGACCGGCCCACCGAAUCCUGCGCUCGCGGAUGGCCGGCUGCUGGCCUUGGGCGACCAGAGACGCUUCGUUGCGAAAGUUGGACCGAUCGGAGCUCCAAAGCUCUGCUUUUGGGCGGCGGAGCUUUAG